CAUGUGAAGCACUUUCUAAGUACAUCCUAACAAAACCUAUAUUUCUCUGUAAACAACCUUAAAUAUAAACCAUGUCAACAUAAUACAUGUGUAUAUUUCUUUUUAGAAACAAAUAACUGCAACUUGUGUCAUUGUGACGGGGAGGCAACUCUGGCUACAUCUUGGUGUUCUGACUGUGACGUCUCGCUGUGUGGUGGAUGUCUUAAGGCCCAUGUUCGUAAUCCUGCCUCCCGUCACCAUGACGUAUCUGACUUGUCAAGGGUUGUCAAGGUGAAGAAAAGACGCAAACCUAUGUGUAAAGAACAUCCAGAUCAGAGGAUGCAGUUCUACUGCAAGGACUGUAAGAAACUACAAUGUCAAUCGUGUUGCAUCUUGUAUCACAGAAAGUGUGAGUCCAUUGUCUCGCUUGCGUCUGUGUUGCCUGAAAUGCAAAACACUCUUCAAACUGUAAAACAGAAACUAGAGACUGAUUUAGCAACAUCAAACACUCGCCUUGCAAAGAAGGAAGCAAAACGUACUGAAAUUAACGAGAACAAGUCCAGCCUUCAGUCUCAGGUCCGAUCAGCAACCCACACCGCCAUUGACUUGAUAAAGAAGAAGGAGAGACAACUCCUUGAACAGAUAGAUGACGUCACAGAGAAACAAAUAGGACAGCUGAAAGGAGACAUGAAGCGUGAGGCGAUGGCCAGGCAGAUGAUUCGUCAACACUCGGAGUUGCUGGGCAGAGCUCUGGAGUCUGAGAGUGACGUGGACAUCUGUGAGAUGUAUCUGUGGAGUGAGUCGGAGGAGGCAGCCACUGUGUCUGUCCCAGAGUCAGGUAUGGAGGAUGUAUCUGGGGGCAAGGCUUGUUUCAUACAUAAUCGUUAUUUGAUGUGUGAGGAACUAAACGAUCUACACUUAGGUGUGAUUGAUAUCAUUGUUGAAGAUGUUUUUGAUUCUACAUCUACAGCAGUUCUGUAUGACACAGUGGACAUAUAUGCAGAAGAUGAUAAGGAAAAACCCGAAGCUUAUGACGUGGCAGUGUUUGUUGUCGACAACACAGACACUAUAGUUGUCACAGAUUACAACAAGUGUGUGAAAUCCUUCUACAAAAGAAACAAGAAGUCAUGUCAGAGUAAGCUGGGGUUACAAAGCGCCCCUCGACGUAUUGCUAAAAUAAACAACAGUAAAAUCUUGUGACUCUCCCUGACACUAAAGAAAUAAUAAUAGUAGAAGUGAAGCCUGAGCUGGUUCUUCAAUCAUCCAUCUCUACAAGGAAGGGGUACUACGGUCUGACAUCCCUGACACCGACAACCCUGGCAGCAGGAUCCGUGUCUCCUCCUUGUGUGGACAUCCUGGACAUGG